AUGCGCGCAGAUGCGGCUCUGCGCAGGGGCGGCCCCAAGGGGAGCUCGAAAGGGAGCUCCAACACCUUGUCGCUCUCUGACGCAGUAAAAGCCUCGGAAAAGGCCAAGGGCGCCGUCUCAUACAGCCAGGACCUCGUGACGCAGCUCAAAGCCAAGGCCGACGACGCGGUUGCCGCCUCCGCAACCAAGGAAACCGAGGAGGAGACGGCCCUCGCAAAUUACGACACCGCAGCCGACACUUUCGCGACGUCCGUAUCCGAUCUUCCCAAGGCCAACUUCAAUGCUGAUCGUAAGAAGGCACUCCAGGCGCGUCUCGCGGAGAAGCUCAAGGCCGCAAGUGCGCGGUCCGCGAGUGCGAAGAAAUACUCCGACGCGGUUACCGCAUUGGAUGCGCAAGUCAUCGCUGCUUCUGGCGCUGCCGAGACGGGUUCCGCCGCCGCCGCUGACGCUCUCACCGCCGCUCUUGACGCCGUCGAUGCCGCGAAUGCUGCGGCUAAGUCCGACCCAAGCAGCGCAACCCGUGCGGCAGCCGCAGAGAAGGCCGUCGCAGUGGCCGUCGCACAGAAGGUCGCAAGCGGGUGGGAAGUGCACUUGAAGACUCUGGCGGACCUCAAGGAUGCGUCCGCCACACUCAGCGCGGACGCGACGAAGGCGUCCGACGAUGCGACGACGGAGGAAGGCACCAUCAAGACGGCAAAGGAGACGGCCGACGCGGAUCUUGCGACUGCCGUUGCGGAUGCUUCUACCGCCCAGCAGGCGUACGACGCGGCGAAGCAGGCGCUCAACGCGGCGGACGCCUCCCUGGCUCAGGUUCGCGCGGCGGUGAACAAGGCCCGGGUGACCCAGGUUGACAAGGUCAAGGCGAUGAGGGAUACCGUUACGGUACUGUACGCGAAAAUCAUUGCGAACAUCGCGGCGUCGAAAACGUGGGUGGAUGUUACCACGUCGACGACCCUCGCCGGUCAGAAGGACUGGGAGAACCGCGCGUCAGGCAAGGCUUCCUCAGACCCCAAGGCUCUCAGCAACAUGGACAGCAUCGUCAAGGGCUCUGAGAAGGGCCCCAGUGCCGGUGACUCCAGCGGCGGGGCUGUGUAA